GAGAUUAAACACCUGCCGCGGGGAGUCAUGGCCGAAGAGGCCUCGGGAGCCGCAUGGCACGACGGGCUUCUCCAGCAGCGAGUCGAAGCUCUAGAACAGGAGCGAGCUGAGUUCCUGAAGUUCAAACAGCAGCUGGAGAUGGAGUUCAACCAGAAACGGGCCAAAUUCAAGGAGCUCUAUCUGUCUAAAGAAGAGGAGCUGAAACGACAGGCCGCGUCCCUGGAGGGCGCCCAGGCAGAGCUGAACCACGUCCAGGCUGAGCUGGCUGAUGCCACGGCCGAAAUGGAGAACAUCAAAGCCGUGGCCACCGUCUCAGAAAGCACCAAGCAGGAAGCCAUCGACCAGGUCAAGCAGCAGUGGCAGGAUGAGGUGGCCUCCUUACAGGCCAUCAUGGAAGACACGUUGCAGGAGUACAAGGUGCAGUACCACCAGCGGCUGGAGCAGGAGCGCACCCAGUGGGCGCAGUACCGCGAGGGCGUCGAGAGGGAGAUCGCUGAGCUGCGACGGCGCCUCUCGGAGGGCCAGGUGGAGGAGAACCUGGAGAACGACAUGAAAAAGGCCCAGGAGGACGCAGAGAAGCUUCGCUCCGUGGUGAUGCCCAUGGAGCAUGAAAUCGCCGCUCUGAAGGCCAAGCUGCGGAGCUCCGAGGACCGGGUUAAGGAACUCGAGGCGGCCAAGGUAAAAGAGCUCAACCACGUCCUUGAGGCUGAGAAGUCGUGCCGGACCGAUCUGGAAAUGUACGUGGCCGUCCUCAACACUCAGAAAUCUGUCCUCCAAGAGGACGCAGAGAAACUCCGGAAGGAGCUCCACGAAGUAUGUCACAUGCUAGAGCUCGAGCGGCAGCAGCACAACCAGCUGAAACACACCUGGCAGCGAGCCAACGACCAGUUCCUGGAGUCUCAGCGGCUGCUGAUGCGGGACAUGCAGCGCAUCGAGAGCGUCCUGACCUCAGAGCAGCUGCGGCAGGUGGAGGAGAUGAAGAGGAGGGACCAGGAGGAGGAUGAGGAGGAUGAGAAGGAGCGGCUGAGUCAGGCUAAAAAGGCUCGCGAGGACGACGGCGUGGACCACACGGAUGCCGCAGAGGACUCCUUCCUCGGCCUCUCCAUAGAGGAGUCUCACUUGAACCACAGCAUCCACAGCUCCCUGCACUCGCUGGACGAGGACGCGCCGGACUCCUGCGACCCCUGCAGAGAUGGCCUCCGCCGCGUCCAGUCCACGGACAGCCUGGGCUCGUCCGGGAACGCCCUCCACCCCCAAGGGCUCAACAGCAAGGCCAAAUCGGACAGCAACCUGGACGAGUCCGAGUUCGGACCGCUGGUCGGCGCAGAGUGCAGCUUCGAGAGCCCGUCGAUGGCGCCGUCCAUCGGCUCCCUUCCGUUCCUCCUGACCAAGGACCAGGAGAAGGCCAUCAAGGCCAUGACCCCCGAGCAGGAGGAGACGGCCUCUCUGCUGUCCAGCAUUUCGCAGAGACUGGACGUCACGUACCUGCCCCCGGCCGGCUAUCGCCUGGUCAGUGACACAGAGUGGAACCUGCUCCAGCAAGAGCUGAAGAACGCAGGGAGGAAGUUGGGCCGGAGGUGUGACAUGUGCUCCAACUAUGAGAAACAGCUUCAGGUCAUUCAGGGGCAGGAGUCCGAGACGAGAGAUCAGGUGAAAAAGCUUCAGGCUAUGCUUCGCCAGGCCAACGACCAUCUGGAGAGGACGACGAGUGAGAAGCAGGAGCUGGAGGACCUGAUGAAACAGAGCAGCGAGGAAACCAACGCUAAGGUAUCAGCGCUGAUGCAGAAGGUCCAGGAGUCCGAGUCAAUGCUGAGUUCUCUCCAGCAAGCCUUCAGCCAGGCCAGGAGGAACACGCAGGAACAGAUGGCCGUACUGCUGCAGUCUCGUGAGCAGGUAGCCGAGGAGCUCAGCAGACUGCAGAAAGACAACGAGAGUCUGCAGGGCAAACACAGACUGCAUCUCAGCCUGCAGCAGCAGGAGAACUUCCAGAUGCCCACUACAGUCCAGGAGCUCCAGUCGCUGGUGCUGCUGUACCGCGAGGACGUCGUUUCGGCCCGGACGGCGGCCGAGCACCUGGAGGAGAAGCUGAAGGCCGAGAUCUUGUUUCUGAAGGAGCAGAUCCAGGCGGAGCAGUGCUUCAAAGAGAACCUGGAGGAUACACUACAGCUGGAGAUCGAGGGCUGCAAAGAGGAGAUCGCGUCUUUCUCCAGCCUGAAGACGGAGAUGGAACGAGUCAAGAGCGAAAAAGAGCAGUUGGAGAGCAGUCUGAAUGAGAAGAGCCUGGCACUGGGCAGUCUGCAGGGACUAGAGAGCAGCCUGAAGGAACAGCUGAGAGACGCCCUCUCCAGCAAGAGCGCUCUGGAGAGUCAGGUGUUCGACGAGAAGGACAAAGCACAGCGGCUGCAGACGGAGCUGGACGUCAGCGAGCAGGUCCAGCGAGACUUCGUCAAACUUUCACAGACUCUACAGGUGCAGUUGGAGCGAAUCCGGCAGGCCGACUCUUUAGAUCGGAUCCGCGCCAUCCUCAACGACACCAACCUGUCCGAUAUCAGCCAGCUCCCUGAAACAUGAUGCUCCCUCAUUCACCCCUCAGCUUUCACAGUCGUCCAGUACUUGCCUGCGUCCAGCUUCGAACCCUCACUCCGUCCCCUUUAUCCGUUUAGGACAGACCCGGGGUGGCCUGGGUGGGUUUUUAAUAUAAAAUAAAACAAACACUUCUUUUUUCUCUAUAAUAAAAGUAGGGAUUUAAACUCUAUGAUGUAAAAAAGCAUCCAAGACUCGCAAGUCCGGGAGAACACUACGAUGUGAGACGUGCUUCGAUUUCCCAUCAUGCUUUAUUCUCUUCCCAUAUGGUACCUGGCCUACUUUCUUACGUGCGCACCAUCUGCUGAGCCUAAAGGCGAGGACUUAUGAAGGAGACCCGUACGCUUGUAGUGUUUGUACAUACCGUGUAUACAGAAUAUAUGUAUAUUGCAUCGACUUAAGUUAAUUCGGGAGGGUGCGGCGUUCUCACGCGUGUUGUUUUGUUUCUAAUCAGCUUCUGCGUCCGUGAUUAAUUUCAUAUCAGUGUCGGUUAUUAAGCUUUUUGGUUUCUCUUCAGUAUUGGUUUUGUUGCCUCUGUUUAACAAAGUAAAAGACCGGUUCACUUUUCAUGUAAACAAAUUGAGGACUGCCACAGAAUUCCACACACCAGUCCUUGGUAGGCAUGUGCUGAUCAUCUGUGUCCGUUCUAGCUAGGCUACGUUCAUGUACUAUUUAUGACUGGCAAGCUGUGUAUACUUACUCUACACUUACUUGCGCCGGUUUUUGGAAAUUGCAAAUUGAUCACCGGGAGUCCUGGAGAGCUAACAGGCUGCUCUUUGGGUUGGCUUGUAGCGUUUUCCUUUCUACUGUUGAUCACAACGUUAAUACAUUAAUCUCGGGCAUCUCUUAGCUUUAUGUUGACACAUAAGCUGUUGAUACAUAAGCACACAUGCCGGGCCGCUCAGGUGGCGCAGCGGUAAAAACACGCUGGAACCAGAGCUGGGAUCUGGAAUACAUCGUAUCGAAUCUCAGCUCUGCCUGCCGGCUGAGGCUGAGCGGCCACAUGAACAACGAUUGGCCUGUUGUUCAGAUGGGCGGGACUCUCUCUCAUGACUGGUGCAAUUACGACCUCUGCUGGCUGAUUGGUGGCGCCUGCACAGAGAUGAGAAAAGAGUGCUCUUAGGGUGUGUCUCUCCGUACACCACGCUAAGCUGCACUGCACUCGUCGAAGUGUAUGUGAUAGGAUGCAUACGGCUGCUGCCCACGUGUCGGAGGGGGCGUGGGUUAGCUUCGUUCUCCUCGAUCAGAGCGGGGAUCGGCAUUGGUGGAGAGGAAGCCUGAUGCAUUUGGGCAGUUGGACGUGCUUAAAAGGGAGAAAAUGUAUAAAGAAAAUAUAUAAAACAAGGAAGCACAUGCCAGCCUUUACCCUCCAAGAAUUGGUAGCUGUUCUUAUGUAACAGGGUAAAAAAUAUAGUCAAUCACGCAAACACACCAGUGCUGACAUCUCAAAAUUACCGGUCCAAAUUUCAGCUCUGCUACCUGCAGGGUGGACGCCUAUCUGGACAAGGAUCGGCUUGUCCGAGGGUGCUGCUGCAAUUACGACCUCUGCUGGCUGGUGGAUGGUGGCUGUACAGAGACGGGGGAUAAUAGAGAUCAGUGCACGACUCUGUGCGCUAUACAGAUCUCCAUGUGGACUUACCUGGUUCAACUGUAGGAGGGGGCAUGUGUUGGUCACAGAUAUUCGUGGUCAGGACUUGAGGUCUGCAGCAGUAGAGGAAGGGAAAUACAAUCGGAUAAUUAGAUACGACUAGAUUGGGAGGAAGAUUGGAGAAAAUGCAUUUUCGGCUUCUUGAUUUGAUUAUCACAGUUCCAAGCUGCUAAUAAUUAACGCAUUUCUGUUACUGUAUCAGCACAUGCCUAUUUAUUGCAGUUUUAUUAGAUGCAGCAGUAUUUCGGUUUCUGUUCGGUGGUCUGAUGAUGUUUGUAGGUUUCUGUUCUUCUGUUCUUCAUUUUUAACUUUUCAAACUGUGCAACUAAACACCAACACUCGAGCUACAGCGAACUGGCUUCACAUCAAACGAGAUCGAGAGCACACUAUACGUCUAGCUAGCUGCUACCAUGUUGGGAUACACUGUACGAAUCAGUACGUUGAAUACUGUGUGUUCAUUUAAGUUGUGUGUGUGUGUGUGUGUCAUGUGCAGUGUGAGAUGAAUAAACCUGCAUAUGAGCGAA